AUGUUCAGACAAUCCCUUAGAUCCAUUGCCAGAACAGCAAGAACUGGCACCAUCGGUGUCAGAACUUACGCCGAGGCCGUCAACCCAGACGUCCUCAAGGUCUCGCUCGUCUCCCCACACCAGGCUAUUUUCACAAACAAAGAGGUCAGCCAGGUCAAUCUGCCAGCCAGCUCUGGAGAAAUGGGUGUUCUGGCCAACCACGUGCCAACCGUUGAAGAAUUGGCUCCAGGAGUCGUCGAGGUGAUCGAGUCGUCCGGCACCUCCUCCAAAUACUUUGUGUCGGGUGGUUUCGCCAGCAUCGUGCCAGGCUCGAAGCUCAGCAUCUCCACCGUUGAGGCCCACCCAUUGGAUGCCUUUUCCUCCGAAAACAUCAAAUCGCUUCUGGCCGAGGCCCAGAAAAACGCCUCUUCUGCAGAUGAGACCGUUGCUGCCGAGGCUGCCAUCGAAAUCGAGGUCCUGGAAGCUCUGCAAGCUGCUGUUCACUAG